AUGGCUCUCUCGCACUACGCCUUCUCCCCUCCAUUAGCACGCCACUCCCUUGCACCAGUUUCCGGCUCCUCACCCGCUCUCCACCAAUCGGCCAGCCCGCCGCCAGGAGUUCGCUCCCUGCGCGCGCCCACACUUUCCCUGUCCGCGCACACCGCGUCGCACGCCAUUCACGUGAACCCUGGACUGACCUCGCCCGCAGUAGCGCGCGAGAGUGUAUGUCCGAGUACCCUCUGUAGCAACCAUGGGGAGAAGCCGAUAUUCGCGUUUCUAGUCCCUCGCGUUUCUGCGGCGAAUAAGCGACGAGGUUGUCGCCCGCUGGUGGUUACCGCGGCGUCUGCGGGAAAUUCCGAGCCGUCGCGCGAUGUACCGAGUUCCAGCGCUGUUCGGCCAAUGGACGCCAGCCAUGUGGCAGCUGACGUGGUGCGCGCGGCGGAGGCGGCGGUUCUAGCGUGGUGGGCGACAGCGGCGACCCUGCCACUGUUCGCUGUGCUCCUUCUCACUCACGCCACUGACCUGGCAGGGUACCUUCGCUCCGGAAACGUCCCAGAAGACGCAAGGAAGCUUCUCGGGAAGGUGCAGGAGGAGGUGGAGGAGAACAGGCGGAGUGCUUUGUCUGUAGUGCAGGAGAGGCGGGCGGCACUGGUGGUGUAUGUGAACAGUGGGCGGAUGGCAGAGGACGUGCAGUCCAAGGCAGAGCGGUGGGCCGUGGCACGGUGGGAGGAGCUGUGUGAUUGGACCAUCGUGCGAGCAGAGGACGCGUCUGAUUGGCUGAGAGCCACGCAGAGACGGCUGGGCAAGGUGGUGGAGAAGGUGUUCUGA